AGUGAAUCAAGAGCUGCAUCAUCAGAGUAGCUGAACUCUCUAGCUCUUGCUUCGCAGGAUGGCUCCAGCACCUGUGAACCUGUGUCUUGUUCUUCUGCUACUUCUCUUCCUUAGCUCUGGGGGAACUAUCAACACAGUUGAUGCCCAGAAAACAUGGUGCGUGGCCAAACCUUCAACCAGUGAUACAGCUCUGAAGGACAACAUCGAGUACGCCUGUUCUCAGGUCGACUGCAGCGUGACUGAAAGGGGAAAGCCCUGCUUCUACCCUGACACACUGAUCUCCCAUGCUUCGGUGGCCAUGAACCUCUACUAUCAAUCCCGGGGGAGGAACCACUGGAACUGCUACUUCAAUAACUCUGCCGUCACCACGGUCACUGAUCCAAGUUAUGGAGCCUGCAAGUAUGCUUAGUAGAAGAAACUUCCCCGACCUAAGGACUGCUGUGUGGUCAACCUACCAGUGAUAGAAUCAUCACCUAGAACUGGGAUUAAAUAAGAUUAGUUGUGAAUGUAAAGAGAAGCUCU